AUGACUGGUGGUGUUGGUAUUUACAUCUCAUCCUCCCUAAAUGCAAUUCAUAGGUCACAUUUAAGCUUUAAACCUGUUGAGGCAGAAUCCUGCUGGAUAGAAAUCUUACAGGAACACAAACCUAGUAUAAUUGUGGGAUGUAUAUGCAGGCACCCCUCGUCUAAUCUUGAUAAUUUUAUAUCUCAACUAGAAAACCUCGUCAGUCCCUUAAACCAAUCCAAGCAUCAGGUUUUUAUCCUAGGGGACAUGAAUAUUGACUGUCUAAGAGCAGGUACACAUUCCAAAACUGAAGACUACCUUGAUAUGCUAUACAGUAGUAUAACCUCCUCCCAGUCAUAACAAAACCUACUAGGAACACAAGCCAUACUGCAACUCUUAUUGAUCAUAUUUACACAAAUGCCUCUACUGACCAAAUCAUACCUGGUAUUGUCACCACAGACAUAUCAGACCACCUGCCCACUUCCUGUUUCAUUAGAAGACAGAUAACAAGGCUAAAACCAAAGAGAUUCUUCAGGGACUAUUCAAAUUUUGACUCCAAGACCUAUCUGAAUGACAUUAAGUUAGUUGACUGGAGUAGCAUCCUAAAUGACCCAACCGACAUCCACACUAAAGCCAGCAGCUUUGUCAAAAAACUUAAAGGCACAGCCAAUAAACAUGAGCCAAUUAAACGCAUACCCGCAGCCGUCUAAAACAAAAGAUUCACAAACAAUGGGUAACAGAUACCUUAUUAAAUUCUAUAAGAAACAAGCAGAAAAUGUAUCGCAUGCACUUUCUUUCUAAAGAUCUACACAAGGUAGGUUACUAUAAAAAAUACUCAAAUACUCUGAAUAAGGCAGGGGUCGCACUAACGCUUUUGGUGUUUACAUUGGACAUAAAAUCUGUCAUCGCGUGCCUGCGACAAGUGCGACCCUUUUGUCGCGACCUGCCAUAACUAUGUCCGAAGGACCUAAAGAUCAGAAAAGCCGAUGUCCUGCCUCGAAGCAGGUCAUAUCUUGUCCAAUGGCCGUAAAAUAACAAUUUUUUGUUUUUCUUCGGCCACAAUGUCAGUCAAAUCUGAAAUACCGGCAAAAAUCGCAUUUUCGCAAUUCUUCGAAGAUAACACAUGUGCACAGCUAGCUACAGCUAUCUGUUCAAAAUUUCAGUCACCGGUUUUCUCUACAAACGUUUAUCUGGUCCUUAUGGCGAAUUUCAACUCAUACCAAUUAACAAAUUCGCACUAAUCCACCUGAUUAUUCUCAGUAUGGGGAUGGUUUGUUUUCACCCUUUAGCUUGCAGAUGUUUUCCCAAGACUCGCAGCCUUCGACCUCGCAGCCGUCUUUUCACAGGGCUUUUGAACAUGGGCAGCCAAUCCAGCCAUCACCAGUCCCUUCAGUUGCCUCGGGAGGAACAAAAAAGUCCAACCAAAGGGAGAGAUGGGGUUUCGACGAUGAAAAAGUUGGCGCUCUUUUCGCGCGUGAAAUAUUAAGAGUUGACAGUCCGGUUUCAAAUAUCAUUUAAGUCCCACACGUGCGACCUCCAAGACUAAAUGUCGUGACAUAUUUGUGGGACAACAUAUGACGCAACAUAAAAAAAAAGGCCACAGUGCGACCCCUGCCUAAGCUGAAAUGGGCCUGUAAGUUAUCCUACUAUAACUAAAAAAAUUAAUAAGAACAACCUAAAAAAUAUAUGGAAGUUAAUUGGCACCAUUAUAAACAGGAAACCUAGAGGGCACACUGUACCAGCAAAGUUACACUACAAUGGAAAAACCUACACUGGCAAACAUGACUGUCAAUCAGUUCAAUGAGUACUUUAUAAAUAUUGGUCCAAAUUUGGCAUCUACAAUUCACUCAAGUAUAAAACCUGAUGCUUUCCUCCCAGCAACUCAUAGUUCUAGUUUUUUUCUUUCCACGGUGGAUUCAGCACAAGUUGAGCUAGCACUAUCUGGCCUUGAUAGGCACAAAGCCACUAUAGAUAUCCCUAACUAUCUAAUCAAGAUUGCCAGCAAUCUGCUUUCAACUCCCCUCACAAGCUUAUUUAAUGAAUCCAUUGAAUCAGGUAUUGUCCUGGAUAUUUUCAAGAUCUCAAAGGUUACCCCAGCCUUUAAGAAUGGUGCAGUGACAGACCCUGGCAAUUACCGUCCCAUUACUGUCCUCUCUCCGUUUGCUAAAAUCCUUGAAAGACUAGCGUACAAUCAGCUAAGUCAUUUCAUAGAAAAGGAAAACAUUCUUUUUAAACACCAAUUUGGCUUCAGGAAAAAAAAUUAAUUAUUCUACUGAGCAAGGACCUUGAAAAAACUAUAAAUGAGGAAUUCAACCAUCUUCUUAGCUACUGCUCAGCUAAUAAACUUUCUAUAAACUUUAAGAAAACCCACUAUAUGACAGUCUCCUCCCCCCAAAAAAGCAAAUAA